AUGGACAGGGUGUCGAAGGUUUACGGGCUCUUGUGGGCCCUGAGGGAGGUGCGGCUGGAACUCGCCGCCGGCGAAUGGGUGGCGUUGCUGGGACCCAACGGAGCCGGCAAGACCACGCUCUUGAGGCUUCUUGCCGCCUUGGCCUACCCCACUGCCGGCGCCAUCGAGCUGUUCGGGCGCCCGCUCUCCUACGGCAAUUCCCCGCUUCGGGGCAUGAUCGGGUUUCUCGCCUCGGGCGCCCACCUCUACGACAACCUGACGGUCAACGAGAACCUUCGGUUCUUCGUCUCCCUGUACCGCAAGGAUGUUACCGCGGAGGAGCGGGCGGAGGCCCUGAACGAGGUGGGGCUGUACGAGAAGACCGGUGAAUACGUCUCGACCCUGUCCCUGGGCAUGCGCUGCCGCCUGGCCAUCGCCAAGUGGCGGCUGGUGAACCCCAGGCUGCUGUUGGUGGACGAACCCUACGGCGCGCUGGACCCCUCGGGCGUGGAGAUGCUGAACCGGUUCCUGGACUCGCUCUGCGCCGGCGGCGGCAUCGUGGUGCUGGCUACCCAUGAUGUCCCCCGCGUCCUCGAACGAUGCUCCAGGGCCGUGAUCCUGAACCGGGGCCGCAUCGUCUUCGACGAGCCCAGGCAGGAUCCCUGGGACAGCUUCCACACCGCCUUCGACACCCUCCUUUCUUCCCGGGACAUGGGCGGCACACGUUGA